AUGUCCGCCACUACGAAUGGAUCGCAUCCUAUAAACGAGAAAGGUUCCAUGCCUAAUGCUGGUCAGAAGGCAUCCAAUCAUGAAGAAGAGAUUCGAAAGUCACGAAGACCCAACGCGCAGCCUCCAAAAGCAUCUACGAAUGUCUCCGACCAAUACACUGCAUGGAAUCUAGGUACUGACGGCGAAAAGUUCAAGUUUGCUCCUCCAGCUCCUGAGGGCGACCCUUGGAGUCUUUUGUUGGAACCCUUGCUAGAAAGAGACCGAAUCCAAUGUGAUACUUGGAAGAAUGAGGUGAACAACGUACUCUUCUUCGCAACACUAUUCUCUGCCGUAGUAACGGCAUUCGUGAUUGAAUCAUACAAGAGUCUCACAGACGAUCCCCAAGUCGUGUUGCUUGCGCAUAUCGCGAACAGGUUGGACAGUUCUCUCAAUGGAUCUACAUCUCCGAUUCCUCCAUCAGCACUGCCUGGCGAUCCUGCUCCAGCUGAUGUUCGCAUAAACAGUUUUUGGUUUAUGAGUCUCGUCCUCAGUUUGACAACUGUACUCUUUGGAAUCAUAUCAUUGCAAUGGUUGAGCGAACAUCAGGGUUAUUCAGAGCUCACUCCCAAGCAAGCCUUUGCAGUUUUCCAGAUGCGCGCAGAUGGAAUAAAAAAAUGGUAUCUCCCCAAAGUUUUCACCGCCCUACCGGUUCUACUUCAAGGCGCAGUUGUGCUUUUCCUUGUGGGAAUGGUGGAUUUCUCUCUCCCUCUAGGACUGGGCGUGUCCAUACCAACCAUUAUUGCAAUCGGCUUAACCUUGCUCUUUUACAUCGCCACUACUGUCCUUCCAACAUUGCAAGGCCUCAGUUUCUACCUUCCUUUUGUCCUUUCUGAUCAACCAUUGACCGCACCACCUCAAUGCCCUUAUAAAUCUCCGCAGUCGCGAGCAUUCCGAAUCGUAUUUCAUUUUGUUUUCCACAUCGCUCACUUUUGUUAUCAGUGCAUAAUAGAACCAGCAGUGCGAUUUGCAGCCUAUCAAGUCCCAUAUUGGUUAGGGCGCAUUCCUAGCAUCCCCCAGCGAAAACAUGAUCCCAUCAUAUCGCUCUUAUCCCCCACCUGGCAUCGGAGAACAUGGCAAGAAUUUGACUUGUCGUGGAUAUACCUUCGAGAUCACUAUGCAUUUCAGAGGUUCGAUCGCGAGGGCUUUAUUGAUGACUUUCAGUUGGAAGGUCGCAAGCUUAUGCCUGUGUACGAUACAGUCUUGGGCCUUCGAGACCUAUUCCGCGCUACCAACAAAGAAGUCAAAGAAGAUUAUCUAGCCACUAUCUAUCAUUGCUUUUGCGACGUAUCAAGGUCCGUCACAGACCAUGUCGUUAACGCUGUGGGUCGCCCUCUACUUGACAGCGUAGCACACCAUCAUCAAUACUUCUACUCGCUCAUUGAUGAUCGAUACACCUCACUACCACGUCUAUCAGAUUACCUUCACGUACACCCGAAUAGAACAAUAGAUACCCCCAACUUUAUCGACCCAGAGUGGAUGAUGCUCCAUCACGAACACAUUGUACUCUUCUUCUGCAACGUUAUUACCGACCCUCGUGAUUUUAGGGCUUUCAGGAUGCAUCUGGUUGAAAUUCAAACUCGAGCUAUGAAAUGGAUAUACGACAGGCGAACACAGAUCAUCCCCUCCACCCUUUUAACGCUCACUCAAACACCUCUGGUAACACCCAUCUCCAUUACAGGGGCUGUGUGCAAUCAUACUCGUGAUGAUGAUAUUGAAAGGGCCCAUGAACUGUGGUGGCAGUACGCAAACAUAUAUUUGAUGUUCUUCGAAUAUGCAGGAUCAGAUCGUCCCACAGACUUGCAGCGAGAUAUCCAUGCAGGAUGUCAUAUUCCAGACUUAAUCCUCCAGAUAGAGAUCGACUUGUCAUAUCUUCGCGACUUCAACUACGACAAAACCAUAAAUAAAAUGGCGGACGAUACCCUGAAGGCAAUGCUCACCAUCAUUCAAGAUCGUCUGGAGAAUUACAUGCAUCAACAAGCAUUGGACGAACGCAAGAGCAAUCGUAACCUGUUGUUUUACACAGCUGCGAUUUUCCUUCGACGUUUCAACUGCAGUCGAAACCAAUAUCCCCGGAGCUACCUAAAUUUACCCAUUGACGUUGAUGAGGUGCUGGAAACAUUAGCUCUGUAUAAACAUCUUGUGUUGGAUGUCAAUGGGCGGGAUGCCUUGCUGGAGGCACGCUUUGCAGGAAUCGAGAAGUAUGAUGCUGUAACUCGCUUUACCCCGACGUGGUGGAAAUUUUUAGACGAUGUAUUACCGAAGCGGUUCGAUUCGCAUUACACUACGAAAGUGUUUGAUGACACUGCCGGGACCGUAGUGUCUCUUUGA